CCUCCAAUACCGCCGUCCUUCCUUCCUUCCCUCAUCUCCUUCCCCUCUUCAUCCUCCCUUCCUCAUCUUUUUUUCUUUUUUUUUAUCCUCAUCUCCAUCUCAUUUCAUUUCAUUUCUUCUAAUCCAACUGGGGGCAAUUUUUACUCGUGUAUACGAUCUCGAAACGGAAUCUCAUCAACUCACCAUUGCUUUACAAAUGCAUUCUUAGGUUUCUUUUUUCCCUUUUCCCAAUGAAGUUUCCAACUGCAGCUCUCUUGGGCGUCUUUUCAUUGGCGCUUUCCUUUACGCCAACAUUUGUCCAGGCGUGCGAACGUGAAUGUCAGGUGAAUGUCUCUCGUGCCUUCGCAGACAAGUACCAAAUCGUCUCGGGUGAUUAUUUCACCCUCCUUAACAGCAAGGUCGAGAAGAGUCUGUUCUAUGGUGUUCCUGUCAACGAUCUGCUGUCCUCUGUAGAGACCAAUAAUGCUAUCAAGUUGAUCCAAGAGUCCGUCGUCAAGGCCCAGAAUGCUUGGGAUGUCACUAUUUUCCAAACGGUCUUUGACACCAUCUUCAAGGACGAGCCCAAGUUCAAGGGAGAUUGCAAUCACCCCUAUCGUGUUAAACAACCCCCUCUAGGUGUCAAUUGGACCAUGCCUGAUUGUCAUAAUAUGGACUACAUCUGUGGUAACCCACCUUCCAUCUGUCAUUUCAUGCCCAUGAUCAAGACCAGGAUCGUUAAGAAGCUGAUGAUGCAGUUGCAGGCCCGUGUCGAUGGAGAUGAUUCGGAUGUCUAUAUCAACUAUAUAGGACUCGCUCUCCAGACCCUGUUGACUCAGCAACCGAAGUUACAGACAUACUCUGCUACUCUGCACGGAAACUUGAACCAGGUCCUGGAGGAGCUCAAGCAAGAUUUGAUCCAGUUUGCAAAUGAGGGACAAUGGAAAAAAGAAUGGGAUAUGGAGAUCAAGAUUCUCUUGCUGACCUUCCCAUGACAAUAUUUUUUCCUUUUUCCCUUUCUUUUUCCCUGAUAUAAUAAUAUGAUAUAAUAUAGUAUAAUAUUUAUUUAUACAAUAUAGUAUAGAAUAAUACAAUAGCAU